CUCAUAUUAAGCAUUGUAGUUGUACUUAGUUACGUAACUCUGAAAUCGCAAUUUUUUUCAGAUUCUAUUUGUUAACAUUGAUGAACAUAUCUUUUCUUUAGCAUUACUGGUACUGGUUUGUGUUGUACCGCAAUAGCUAGUAGUUUUCAUGAUCUCUUCUAUCUUCUCGUUCCUACGUCUAUGAAACUCAACCAACGCAGUUUUCUCAUUCAUUAACACAUUGAUUCACAUGACUGACGUGUAAAAAGCCCUAUUGUUCAUGGCACAAUCAAGUUUAAAAAGUCCAAUUCUUUCCAUCGAUUCACAUACUUAUUCGACAAUUUACUGUUAUCCACACGUUUCUUAUUACUAAGGUUACAAAAACUACAACUACCAUUGACAGGAUCUAUCUUCAUUGCAUGAUGUCAAGCAUUUCAUAUUUCAAAUUUAUUCCAUCUUCAACUACGAUACUAUCAAAUCAUGAUCUGAUAUAAUUCAUUCGGCGACUAUUAAGUCAUAAUAUUUACCACCUGCAUGCAAGAACAGGAAGACAGUAUUCUACUUUUAUCUUACAAACCAUCCCAUAAUUGAAAAUUUCUGAAUUGCAUAGUUCUCAACAACUAGAAGUACGUAGGAAGUGUAAGUUCCUCGUCGUGCUCGUCAACAUAGUAUCCAUGUGUACGAAAAUGAUUUUGAGGAUGUACAGUCUUUAUAAUCUCUUUUGGAAUCACAAUCAUCACAUAUUUCAUGAUCUGCAUACGCCUACCGCCUAUUCAUAAUAUGUUCUGACAUAAAAAUCGCAGAAAAAGUUUAGAAAAAAAAGUUGCACUCUGCAGGUUGCAAUCCAUGUGAGUAAUACCAUCGUCGAUUCAAUAACUUGUUCCCAACCCCUAAUAUUUGUAGCUGUACCACAAUAUGUUCAUAGAAAGGUAGUCCUAACAACUACUACAUGCCUUAGGUAGUCGUCCGAAGUCUGUCCAUCGUUGACUUCGCAGCUGCAAGAGUCCUUGCCCACGGCCCGUUGUUGGAAUGUACCUCCGCCUCAUGCUAGAUUGACCUAUUUUUGAAGACUUAGAAGAGUCGCUUAAUUCUUCAAAACUACAGAUGACAGUAUCAAAACACCGUUACGUAGGAUAUUGUUUAGGCGGGUUCGUACUAUGCUAGUCGUACUAGUACCUUUUGGGCGGGUUCGUACUAUUGUAGUGCCUUCUACUUGUACACGAAGAACUUACUAGGCUGAACCACCAACAGCUAGGGGUACAAUUUCAGCGAUGCUUUUCGGCUUUCGUGAGUUUUUAGAGGUUGCGAGAGGACGUUCGCCCUCGCAUGCAGGUCAAACUGCGGACGGCGGAUCAAUUCCUAUCCUAUCCUAGGAAGCCGAACACGCGCGGGCGGUGGUCAGGACGCCGAACACACGCGGGUGCUGGUCAGGACGCCGAACACGCGCGGGCGGUGGACAGGACACCGAACACACAGGGGUGGUGUCCAGGACGCCGAACACACACGGGUGCUGGUCAGGACCACUGCGUCAUGAUUACAAUUUCAAAAAAAGUGAGCUCUUCUAGAUCGACGAUGGACCCCUCGACGAAUAAUACUCUGCCUUUUGUACUUAGUUGUCAUGAUCAUUACUUAACCUUAUCAUAAUCUAAAAAGAUACAGCCUUAGAGUUUGCGCGACAGAAUUUAGAAAAGAGAACCCCAUGUAUUCUGUGACUGACAACUGUUGUUCCUAAGAAAACUCCCUUGUUACUCCUGAAGAGGAGUCCGGUUCCAUCUUCAAUCACAACAGAGUGUGGC